UAGGGGGUAUGUAUUUCGUAUUUCACUUGACUAAAGCCAGGCUGGGCUAUGAUCUAAUCUCGGAGUCAAUCAGAAUCCGCUACGCAGCUCCUCCAACGGGGAAGCUUCGAUGGCAGCUACCUCAAGAACCAGAAGAAAACACCAGUAAUAAGAACAACAAUACAAGCGACAAAGCCACCAUAUCCGCCACUUCCGAUCCACCGCACUGCCCAUGGUCCCGCCGCUCCUUGCAGUACCCCAAAACAGCAUCCGAAGAGAGUAAUCUUGCUACCUUCGAUUUCUUUGGUGACGAGGACUGUCUCUUCUUGAAUGUUUUCGCACCAGCUGGUGCCGAAGAUCUUCCCGUAGUUGUGUGGAUCCAUGGAGGCGGAUAUGGCCUUGACUCGGCGGCGAAUUACGACUUUUCCACGCAGAUUGCGACAAACGAGAAUAAAUACCUCGCUGUUGUGAUCCAAUAUCGGCUCGGCGCUUUUGGCUUCCUGUCUUCGGCCGAUGUCGUGGCGAACGGCGUUGCCAAUGCUGGGUUACACGACAUGCUCCUCGCGCUCCAGUGGGUGCAGAAGCACAUUUGUAAAUUUGGUGGCAAUCCGAGCAAGGUGACUGUUGCAGGGCAAUCCGCUGGUGCUGGGGCGACCCUUCUACUAGCCACAACGGACGAAGCCGAAGGUCUCUUUGAUGGGGUGAUUGCAAGCAGUCCAUACCUUACCACCCAACCCCAGUUUGAUGGCGUCCGGCCUACAAAGGCUUACCACAGCCUAGCGGACCGUGUAGGCUGUUCUUCGACCAACGAAACUUCAUCCCGCUUUGCUUGCAUGCAGAACGUAGACUCGAUUACGCUUCAAAACGCCAGCGAUUGGGUGAGUACCCAGGGCUCAUUAUAUGGCCAUUGGGAAUGGAGACCCGUCAUUGACGGGAAGCUCCUCACAAACAUUGCCUCGAGGCAUCUCGGUUCGCGACCAGACAGCGUCAAGGGCGUCCGCCUGCUCACCAGCAAUGUCGCAAAUGAGGGCCCGUAUUUCACUUGGCAGAACAUCACGUCUCAGGCGACUUUUGUCGAGUUCCUGACGAGCUACUACCCCAAGCUAACCGCAUCCAACGUGACUGAAGUCCUCGCCCUGUACACGCAAAAGUACGAGGAUUUCAUCAUGGCUAAUUCGAAAGACGUGAACAACACAGACCCCGGCUUCGAUACAGACGGCCGCAACGCGCCCUUUGCCACCACCAUGUCCAACUACGCCGUGGGCUGGCAACAAGUAGCUAACAAUUUCUACGCCGAGGCUACGUUCGUAUGCCCUUCACACUGGCUCGCCGAUGCAUACGCUACCAAAGCUGGAGGCAGAGCAUGGCGCUACCAGUUCAGUGCUUCACCCGCCUACCAUGGCUUCGACGUGGGCACCGGGUCUGGUUACGAUGUACUCCUCGCGCCAGUGGAUACCCCCAACUCGACCGUUCCGAGGUCCCUAAGACGCGCGCUGCAGACCGCUUGGGGCGACUUCAUUGUGAACGGGGCGCCGACCUUGCGGGAUACUGCUGGCCCGAGCACGGCCUUUUGGCCGCAGUGGAAAGAAGGAGGAGAAGGAGUAGCCAGCAUGCUGAAUGCAAAUGUGACUGGCGGUGUACUGGUCGAGAAUGAUUCAUCCUUUGACGGCAUGGUUACUUUACACAUCACUAGCCAUAUGCCCGGUGAGUUUGAUUCCCCACCUUUGCAGGCAGUCUUUGAAAUUGCAGAUGGUGAUACCUGGGAAGAUGGUCGAGGGAAGCGAUGCUCCAUGUUAGCCGAGUUAAGCCCUUGGAUGAACGAGUAGAGUUAAAUACGACAUUUGAAUGUCCACUGCGACUCAGUUUAGAGCAUUAUUUCAAUCGUG